AUGAGGUGUCAUGAAAAAUUAUUUUUUCCACUUUGUAACGCAUGUACAUUAACUUUAAAUCAAGAAAAUUGUACUCAUAAUGAAUCAGAACGAGCACUUAUUGGUGCUUGGGUAGCUGAGGAGUUGAAGGUAGCGGUUGAGAAAGGAGCAUACAUUGAAACAAUUCUUAAUUAUGGAUAUGAUGCAACAAAUAGUCAUCUUCACCUUGCGUUAUGGUAUCCUGACACUCCUGGACGUAUGAAUACAAAUAAUGUUGUUGCUGCAGAUGCAAAAAAUGGAGGCUUAGUUGCCAGAUGUGUUCAUACAAAUGCCGGAAAACAAUUUGAGAUGAUUGGGCAUUUACAUUUUGAUGUAUUUAACCAGGAAAAAUUUUUAUUGAAUGGGAUUGAAAUAAAAAUUAAUCUCACACGGCCAAAACAAGAAUUUUGUUUAAUGGAUGCCUCAAACGACAAGGAUUAUAAAAUACAAAUAUUAGAAGCGUCAUUGAUUGUACGCCGAGUCAAGCUAAAUCCUCAUAUUAUGAUUGCUCAUGUAAAAGCCUUAGCGAAAACGACAGCUGAAUAUCCCCUUACUAGAGUGGAGGUCAAGAGUUUUUUACUCACCGCAGGAAUCCUUCGAAAUUGUCUCGACAAUAUUAUUAUUGGUACUUUACCUAAGCGAGUUGUUAUUGGAUUUGUUUAUAACCGUGGCUUCAAUGGUAAUAGGGUCCAUAAUCCAUUCUACUUCCAACACUUUAAUAUAAAUUUUCUAUGUCUCUACGUCGAUGGUAAACAAAUACCUGGAAAACCGUUGCAGCCUACAUUUUCCAAUAAUAUAUUUGAUGCUGAGGCAUACCACACACUUUUUUCUGGUACUGGUAUCUAUUUUGGAGACCAUGGCAUGCAAAUAGAUAGAGAUAGCUAUAGAAAAGGUUAUACGUUAUUUGAUUUUGACUUAACACCAGAUCUUUCCGCACAUAGUGCUGGUCAUUGGAACUUAAUUAAGAGUGGUAGUCUACGUAUUGAAGUACGCUUCAGUGAAGCUUUGGCAGAAGUCAUUAAUUGUCUUGUUUAUGCCGAAUAUGAUGAUAUUAUUGAAAUAGACUCCAGCCGUCAAGUUAUAAUGGAUUAUAGUAAUUAA